CCUGAGCCAAGCAAAAGCUCUUUCUAGGAGGAGCAGACAAUAGAAGUGCCCACACACCAUGGCACGGGUGGACUCUCAGGAUAGGCGGAGCAAGGUGUCUCUUGGCAGCAUGAUUCACGACAGCCAGAUGUUGAGCAUGAACUUGGACUGUGAAGAUGAGGAUGGCAGGGAGGGUGGCUCCCUAGCAACUCAGAACAACACUGACUUGCCGUGUGACGCUCAGUCCUGCAAAGAGGAAGAGAAAUGGCCCGUGUCCUUCAGUGCUGCACAGGUGGAGCAGAAACCUGGGGAGACACCUGGGAAGACCAACAACUACUGGGGAAAAAAGGAAUCAAAGAUCACCCAGACUCAAGACUCCCCCGGAUUAGAGGGGGCUCUCAGGGUCCCUUCCAGAGGCUUACACAAGGCUGUGGCGCAAAGGCAGGCUCUUAGGGACUUUGUGGGCAGUGACGGGGGCAAGAAGACAAACAAGGACCCAGCCUCCGAAGUCCUGACCAGCUUCUUGGACGGUGGAGAGUUUUUUGCAGCACAGAACAGUGCGGAGGCAUCCUCCCUAGACAAGAACUCUCUGGAGCAUUUCCCCAGGUCGGAGAGCACCCCAGCUCAGACCUCAGCCACUUCGGCCAGCCCAGCGGCAGGGUUGGCAAAAGCUCAGGGCAGUCGAAAAGCUCAGGGCCAGGCGGGCCUAGGAGUCAGCGGGCAGGAAGAGCAGGGUCCUCGCUGGCGAGUGCAGGGAAAGCGGGCCUUCCAGAAGGACAGCAAUCUUCAGGGUACCGCGGAACACCACGGUGCCAAGCCCUAUGUGUGCCAACUGUGUGGGAAGGCCUACUCCCAUCGCAGCACGCUCCAGCAGCACCGGCGCCUGCACACAGGCGAACGGCCGUACCGAUGCCCCUUCUGUGACAAGGCGUACACUUGGUCCUCAGAUCACCGCAAGCACAUCCGCACACACACCGGCGAGAAACCCUACGCGUGCCCGGACUGCGAACGGGCCUUCGUGCGCUCCUCCGACCUGCGCAAGCACCAGCGCAACAUGCACAGCAACGACAAGCCCUUCCCGUGCGCCCAGUGCGGUCUGACCUUCAACCGGCCGCUGUCGCUGCUGCGCCACCAGCGCACGCACCUGGGCGCCAAGCCCUUCCGCUGCUCCUCCUGCGGCCGGGAGUUCUCCGUGGCCAGCCGCAUGGUGGAGCACCAGCGCGUGCACUCGGGCGAGCGGCCCUUCCCCUGCUCCACCUGCGGCAAGUGCUUCACCAAAUCCUCCAACCUGCACGAGCACCAGACCCUGCACACCGGCCAGAGGCCCUUCAAGUGCGCCGACUGCGGCGUGGCCUUUGCUCAGCCGUCGCGCCUGCUGCGCCAUCAGCGCGUCCACACAGGCGAGAGACCCUUUCGUUGCGCAGAGUGCGGCCGGGCCUUCGCCCGCUCCUCUACCCUGAAGCGGCACCAACAGAUCCACUCCGGGGACAAGGACUUCCUCUGUGCGGAGUGCGGCAGGGCCUUCCGCGUCGCGGCCGAGUUGGCGCAGCAUAUCUGGAUGCACAAUGGGGAGAGGCCCUACCGGUGUGACGGCUGCGGCCAGGCCUUUACCCGCUCCAACCACCUCCGAAGGCACCGAGCCGAGCAUGACAACUGCAAAAAGGAGCCUGUCUCUUCCUCUGGCGAUGAGUGAGAGGCACCUUUGGCUUGCUGGAAAGCAAAGACACCCUCGACUUCACAUCCUAUUUUACCCUCAAAGCAGUAUUGCCAGCCAGGCUCAGUAGUCUCGCCCUCCAUUCCCUGGUUUCUGGCCCUAGGGUGGUCCCUGUACUUUGUGGAUUUGAUGUGUUGUGACACAAAAUAAUCUCCAGGUGUACAGUUUUGCACCGGUUUUCCGCAGCUCGGAGGCCAUGAGCAAUUAGAAAAGGGUCAGAUAAGAGUAGGAGCUGGCCAAUAGUUGGGUUCCUUCCGUCAGGAGAUUUCAGUCAAUGAGAAGGUAGAAUUCUCUGUUUGCACUGUGCAGGAUUCAGUGGGUACGCUCAUGAAAAAAGGUCUAUUUUAUUCUUUCCUCAAAGCCAUAUCAAAUAUUGAGGAUAGAAUUCUAUAGAGAAUUCAAUUUCUCUAUAGAAAUAUAGAAAGAUUCUUUUUGAUUUCUAUAUAAAGGAAUCCUCAGAAAUGAUCCCUGUGAUGGACUUUUCCAGAGAACAAAGCCAACCUGGGGGUAACUCAAACAAGCCAGACAUCCUAACGUGCCGCCUGACUGCUAAAAUGACUUCAACCUUCAUUCAGAGGGAAUGUCUCUGUGGGUUGGCUUUGAAGAAUAGACAGCAAGAAGGGGUGGGGGGUUGUGCCAUGUUUGGGAGGCAGUGAUUCCAGACGUUCAGACCAGCCUCAGCAUCCAGAAAAGAGGAUGUGGUAGCUGGACUUCCCCUCACCCGGUUCACGGUUGUUUCUGCUGCUGCUUUUCUGUAUCACAGGAUGGGAACUUAAGCCACUUUUGUCAUUGAACAUCGAAUUCCUCCAGAUAAGCCACAGUGUGGUUCGUUUAAAUCUGCCUGGAUCAUUAGCUGUCAUUUGAAGGAAAUAAAAGAAAGCACCCUUU